AUGAAGUCAACAACUACUGACAAGAUAAUCUCAAGUUUGAAGCGUAUCUUUUCGACAAAUGGCUUGCCUAUCAGUAUUGCUUCAGACAAUGGCCYACAAUUUUUCAGUGAAGAGUUCUGGAGAUUUCUGGAAGAUGAACGCAUCAAGCAUCGCACACCUCUGUGGCCACAAUCCAGUGGGCAACAACCCACAGAAUUGCUGUUUGGUGGUAAGCUGUGCAGCCGUUUACCAGGUAUUGCAGAGGAUAUAUUUGAUGAUUUAGAUGUCGGAGACAGAGAUAGCGAGGCAAAAGAGAAAGGAAAGCUCUACAUUGAUGAAAAGAGACAUGCAAAGACAAGUGACCUAAAGGAGGGAGACAAGCUACUGUUGAAACAGGAAUCAUUGAGCAAAAUGACUCCACCUUUUACACCACACCAAUACCAAGUAGUGUCAAAGAGUGGUAGUACUGUCACUGUUGAGUCAUCGAGCGGCGUGCAGAAUAAAGGAAAUUCAUCACAUCUAAAGGUUUUCAAUGAACCAAAAUCACCAGAGCCAGUAYCUCAACAACAAGAACACAAAGUAGUAAAUGGAGAACAAGUAUCUGACAAACGUCUUGUACCUAUAGUACCUGAUAUACCUACAACACCUGAUGCACCUGUAAUACCUGAUGUACCUGUAACACCUGAUGUACCUGCAACACCAGUUGCACCUUCUACUUGUCCGACAAGGAAAAAAAACAAUUCCAGCAAGAUUUAA